GUUAGGGCAACUCCGUUUAAAAGUUUCGGUCUUGAAACCUUUUGUAAUUGGUCAACCACUUGAAAAGGAUCCUACGAAUAUGAUUGCUCGGUUUUGUUGACUCGAUUUGGAACCUUUUUGCCCCCUAGAUCUAAUGGCAGGCGGGCUAGAUUAACCAUGGGAGAAAGAAUGCUCCUUUGUUCUUCACAUCUCUCCUCCUCAGUUUGCCAAAAAAAUGUGCUGAAAGAGGGAAGAGCAAGAGCAGGACCGGCAGUGCGGCGAGAGUUUCAAGGAGGAGCAAGUUUGAAGGAGCUCCGUGAGUGAGCAAGUUGAGUGGAAGCACGGAAGCAAGCACGUACCAGAUUCCCCAUCUGGGUGACUGACUGACUGACUGACUCAGUAAGUGUUGUAGUGAUGUUGCCCAUGUGAGUGAGUGAGUGAGUGAACGUUGCCUGAACAGCCGUAGGCCUAAAAGCCUGACUGAGACACUGAGAGUGGCGCAAGUCGGGAUAUGGGAAACAGCUCGGGGAGCCAAAAGCAAGGUGGUGACUGAAUCGACUGAAUCCUUCGCAAAGUCCAGGAGGCAACAGUGAGGCAUCUCGGGCAGGGCAUGAUCACAGACACUUGCUGGGCGAGGACAGAAGACCUCCAAUCCUCAGGCAACAUACUCGUCGUGCUUACAACGAGCAGGACAGACAACAUGAGCUCAAGUGAAGAACAAGGAGUAGUAGUUGCAGAAGCAGUCGCAACAUUGUAGUAGAAUUUGGACAAGAACUGGCACUGACACAUCGUGAAUCGAGGCAGCAAGCAGUCAGCUUGUGUGUGCAUGUAAUGUCUCAAGCCUUGACGAAAGUGAACGUGUUGUCCUAGUCACCUAGUUAAAUCAGUUUUCCCCACCAAGAACCCGAUUUCGGCCCCUCCUCCCUCAUGUCUCGAGUGCAAUACGUCCCCCACCCUGUGAAAACGAGGCCUUGAAGGUCCAGUGUCCGUGAAAAUAAGCAGCUCAACUCCCGCAAAUGUCCAUGUUGCCCUCGCUUGUGUCAAUAUCAGCGAGAAUAUUUUGUCGGAGAUGUGUCUCCCCACAACCAAGGGUUGAGGCUAGUCAAUCCACGAGUCCUGUUCAUGCAGCUCUUGUAACACUGUCGGUAUUAUUUACGAAUGAUUGAUAUUAGAAGGCUCGAUUGACCCGUCUCCGAGCCACGACUAUGAUCACAUCACCCCUUCACUCUCCUCCUAUCAAGGAUGAGGAGGUCCUCUCCCCAAAGUCGAGCGGGAAUGCCCUGGAUGUCGCUCCUGGGCCUUCGUCCAAUUUCAUGCUCUUGUCACCGUCAGAGGGUGUCAGCUCCACGCCUUCUGCUCGAUCCAACACUGCCGUUGCCCUUCAUUAUUCUACAUCGUCCCAUCUCUCCAGUGGCGGAAUCUCAUGUCUCGGGAUGUCGGGAAGUCACAACCAAGGUCCAACCCAAUCCCAACCGCAAAACAUCAACAGUAGCAGCAGCAGUAAUAAUAACAAUAAUAUCAACAAUAAUAAUAAUAUCAGCAACAACAACAACCCGCCACAUCACGACAAUAAUGAUGAACAUGAUCACCGCCACAGAAUCUGCAUCGCCAGCAGCAGCAGCAGCAGCAACAGUAGUUGUUGCAUUAGCAGUCACAGUAACCUUAAUAGCAUUACCAACACUACCAGCUUGACAUCUGUCCUGGCCUCAACCUCGGCCAGUUGCAAUCCAAGUAUUUCCAUGGGAGAUCAUCUCGUUGCGCUAGAUCUUCCGAUCAUUCCAGCAUCUUCUGCUUCUAAUAAUUGCCCACGAGAUUUUGAACGGCUUGGUGUUCAAAUUGGUGCGUCUUUGGGGUCUCCUCCACCCAUCCCGGGUGUGGCCUCCGCCGUGGGACGGGUUAUCCCUCCCCCUCCUCUGCCUCCCGCCCCUUCUAGUCCUUUGGGAUCGCCCACCCGGCAAGUCCCAAUCGGUUACCUUCUGGAUGGGAUCGCUGCCGUGGAGAGUCCUUCCAGCUCAUCCAAUCGGAGGGAUUCCGCUCAUUCACUCCAUUUGGUGGGGACCAUGUCGUCCUCACUUGGACAUGGAUCUUGGAAAGAUCAACAGUCAGAUGAAACGGAGCAAAGCUCUACCAGUCAAGAGGAUCAAUGCUGGUCUCCGAAUGCCACACCCUCUGGGCGGGCCACGAUGGAAUCCGAUAGUGAAACCGGGGAACCAGGUCGGAAAGCCUCUACAAGUCGAAGUAGCUCCGUUGACGGCUCGUCAGAGUUCGGUGGUGGAGUGGGACAAUCCGACCAGCCCGACACCAAGGAUGGCAUGGAGGAGCUCUGUCCCGUUUGUGGUGACAAAGUGAGUGGUUAUCACUACGGACUCUUGACCUGUGAGAGCUGCAAAGGCUUCUUCAAGCGCACGGUUCAGAACAAGAAAGUCUACACGUGUGUGGCCGACAGAAGUUGUGUGAUCGACAAGACCCAGCGAAAGAGGUGCCCCUAUUGCAGAUUCCAAAAGUGUCUCGACGUCGGAAUGAAGCUCGAAGCCGUGCGGCACGAUCGAAUGCGUGGCGGGCGCAACAAAUUUGGACCCAUGUACAAACGAGACCGGGCUCGAAAGCUCCAGGUCCUACGGCAGCGUCAAGUGCUCCAUCACCACACAGGUGCUCUAGGGGGAGUGACGCUGUCCUAUGGAGGGGCGUCCGGUCUCAGCAACUCUACUGCCAAUCCCAUGUACUCCUCUCAACUCCACAUAAAGCAAGAGAUCCAGAUACCACAGGUGACCUCGAUGACCUCCUCACCCGACUCGUCGCCGUCCCCCGUUCAGCUUCCUCACAGCAUCACCCUAGCGAGUGGAGGUGGAGCCUCGGGGAGUGGGGCGGGCUCAUCGUCACAGGGUGGCCAGAUCAUUGCUCACCACAACGAUCCGAGUACGGGGAACUUGCAAUGGCAGAUCAGUACUUCACCCCAAUCAGGAAAGGACUUCCCAUUCGUCGGGUCGUCGGGUUCGGGCGGAGGAAGCAACGGAAAAGUGCCGCCCCUGAUCCGGGAAUUCCUCUCGUCUUUGGAUGACAAAGAGUGGCAAGCCGAACUGUACAAGCUGCUCCAGAACCAAUCGUUCAACCAAGUUGAGGUCGAUCUCUUUGAGCUGUUAUGCAAAGUUCUUGAUCACAAUCUUUUCGCGCAAGUGGACUGGGCCAGGAAUUCGUAUUACUUCAAGGAGCUAAAGGUGGAUGAUCAGAUGAAACUGCUCCAAAACUCUUGGUCAGAAAUGUUAAUUCUGGACCAAAUCCACCAACGCCUUCACAACCAUCUACCCGACGAGACCACCUUACCCAAUGGUCAAAAGUUCGAGCUCCUUUCCCUUGCCCUCCUGGGAGUGCCAUCUAUGUUGGAUGCCUUCCAAGAAAUCACCAACAAACUCAACAGCCUCAAGUUCGAUAGUGCAGACUAUGUGUGUCUGAAGUUCAUUUUACUAUUGAAUCCUGAUGUCCGAAGCCUGAGUAACAGGAGCCAUGUACAAGAAUGUAACGAACAAGUCAACCAAAUCCUCCUCGAUUAUUGCGUCAAUUGCUACGCAAAUGUUCCGGAUAAAUUCACUCAGUUACUGAACCUUCUACCCGACCUGAAAGCCAUGGCCCAACGAGGAGAGGACUUUUUGUAUUUCAAACACAUGCAAGGCAACGCGCCCCACCAAACGUUACUCAUGGAAAUGUUACACGCCAAAAAACGAUAAUCCCAUUGGGAUAGUUCAUGGGGAUGGAGAUGGGUCACCAAUGGUUGAAAGAGAUUUGUGUGUAUUGCUAGUGGGGGUGGGUCGGGAGGUGUAGGUCCUUCCACCAUCGCCAGAUCAACACCAUCCUAGUCAAAUUGCGACGAAAGCCAAAGGAUCCUUCUAAUCCUACGAUGUAGAAGGGAUCAAGAGGAUACCCCCCUCAGCCGAUACACCUUUGAGGAAGACAUUUGACGAACCAUUCGUACUCGUCCAACUCGGGAUUACCGGUUCUGCCGACUUUACAAAUGAUGAAGAUGUGCGCUUGAAAGAAGAUGGAUAACUACGGAACUGCAACUAUUUAUUAUUGGACCGAUUGUGACAACAUGGGACACUGGAUAUGAAUGUGCAGAUGUGACAAAUUCAAAGCCAAGAAGACCCUCAUCACCUCACCAAGUCAUCCCCUCCCCAUUCUACCCUUAAAGUCUGUGGCCCUUGUGCUUUGGAAAACAACCUUCAGAAUGUUUUGGAAUCUGAUCCCCCCCCCUCCCCCGGCCCAACCCGGACUCUCGCACAACCAGCUCUAAUUUGUGUUGCGCGUGCAAGUCUUAAUCUCAUGUCAUUGUUGACCCCUUCAAGAGUUUAUAUGUGCAGGCUCAGACACCAAACCGCCACCGCCAUUUUCACCCCCUUAUCCUGAUCGAGAACGAAGAAUGAUUUUGUUGAUCCCCUGGGGUAAAACCGAGUAGUGCCAUUUCGUGGUACUGGUGCUCAGGGGGGAGAGAACGAGUUACAAAAACCGAGUGAAUCCACUAAAACAUUGCAGACACGAAUGACACUGCAACAAAAGAAGUAUCUAGUCCUGGCCUUCCCGCCCACACACGCCCAAAACCUCCCUCCUACCAUUUCGGAAGAAGAAAAUCUGCGUUUCUUUUCAUUGUCAACCACCAAAGUUCUCUUGUUUUUGUUCGAUUUUAGUCACCCUACCCCGGCCCUGAUUUGAUCAAAGGAAACUCUGAAUUUUCCACGUACUCUUUUUCUACGUCUAUCAUCAUCUAUGCAUCUCGAGACUCCAGUACUGAACUGCAUUGGAAGCCUCCGGUGGCCCUCAUCUGAUCACGAACUUAGUUUUAAAGGUUUUUCACGCCCUAUCUCUAUUUAUCUUAUCUCUUAACUAAAAUGCCGAACGUACCAAACCAAAUUCUUAACUUUCAAAAUCGAAUCUUUAGUCCUCCUGAACACCUUUUCCAUAUUUAUGAACUUUUAGUGAAUGUUAGUUUCUAUACUAUUUGUCGUUUGUUAGAGAUUUUCGAGUCAGUUUCUUCUUCUACAAUCUUCCCUGUCUUUGGUAAUCUCCCCGAAAUCCCGUUCCCCAUCAGUCCCGUCAUAUCUCGACGUAGUCUCAUUUUUUUUUUAUUUAGAACCUUGAACCACAAAGCACGGAUUUCAUUUUCCAAGAAACGAAUACCGGCUUCGGAAGAGUCCAAUCUAGUCGGAGAACUCUUUUUUGAGCUGUCUAAAGUUUACAGCCCCUUCAAAAUCUUCUUUCCUAUCAUUUCACUUUUGGUUCUGGAUUCUCUUCUUACAAGUUACUUGGGUUGAAUUUCAGGUGAAAAUGUCUAUCCUUUUUCCCGGGUGCUGGGUCUUCAAGCUUCUCUAAACUCAACCAACAUGGGUAAAUUUUUCAGCAGGCAAACCAACAACCAUCUGUUUUUAAUCAGUCCCUCCCCAGUUUUUUUUCUUUCUCGCUCCUCCCCCCUUUGCAACCGAAGUUUUAGUCAAGUUUCAGAGGACGUAACACUGAAGUGAGAACUCGUACAAAUACCGCAUACUCAAAGAUUUUCUUCAGAUAUUUUCGCACUCGAAAACACCAAACCGCAACCUUCAUCCUGAUCAACCACAUUCUCAUCCCCUGGUUUCUCCCUAAGGUUAUUUUUCCCGACUCGUCGGGAAAGGAGCCAGAGCUCGGAGGAGCUGUAAUGAUUCUUUAACGCCACAUAAUUCAAACACACUUACACACCUACAUACACACAACAGAGUUAUAUAGAGAAAUGCAAAAACCACGAAACGCAUAACGUACAUUCAUUCUGUUUUCAUUGUUCAUUCUAACCCUUUGGAUCUAUUCAUUGAUCCCUCUUUCUACUUUCUAUCUCUCUGUCUCUGUUUCUCUCCUUGAAAACUCGACUCCUUUUUGUACAUAGAACAAUUUCCCUUCUUACCCUCUUAUUUAUAUUAUCUACAUGACGGCGGAAUAUCCCAGGGUCUUGGGGGUGGGUUGGAGGAGGUGGUGUUGCCCUGUCCGGUUUGAUAUUAACCCUUUUCUGUCCGGAGACACGCCCCCUCAGCCCCAAGCCCACUUCCUUGGCUCCAGGCCAGGUCCCCCUGUCAGAGAUGAAAGCAGACAAACCGGUGAAUACUACGAUUUUUAUUAUUAUGUGUACAUAGAAGAACCUAAAGAAUAGUUAUCUUCCUCUACCUUGAGCCCUUUUCAAUCAUUACUGGCCUCUUGAUCAGAUUUUCAAAGAAAACGCGAAUUGCUAAACUACUGCCAAUAUUUAUGAAAACCAAGCGGACUCACACAAAUCGAAACCAAAACUUGUGUUCAGGUUUUCCUCUUGAGUUCGUUUAUCUCUCUUUUCCUCUUCUCUUCUUCCCUCCAUUUGUUUUUUGCGUCUUUCACGACAUCAGUCAGUUCAGUCCUGAAAUCGAAAGAUUGACUAGAGAGCCACCCACACACCCCAAGAGCCCUUAGAUACGCCCCCUAGAAACUCCCCCAACCCCCACCCCAUUUUGAAUUCUGAAGAAAUAAAAUCAGAGAACGAUUUUGAUUGCCCAUUGAUUUCUUUCCCUCUCUUCACAUUUAUAAUUUAUCUUGCCUGUUUUUUUUCUUUCCUUCCUCAUUUCCUUGUUUCUUUUUUUGUUGUGACCGAUGUAUGGAAAAUUCGUAGAUUUUUUAUGAAAUUCCAUCUAACUACGGGGGAGGAGGGCGUGGCCCACCCGGGUCCACUUUUAUCACGAGUCGUCGAAGUUCGCGGGGAAAAAGUGGUCUCAGAGAUUAGGUCAAACGCUCCCUUUGAAGUUGCUGGUCGAAACAUUUCUGUUGGUUUGAGUCCUUUAUACAUUUAUUUUUAUUUUUAUCAUCAUAGUCUGUAGCGUACAUCUUAUAACACAUUUUUUGAAAUCCUCUUUUUCCUGUUGGCAAAACAUUCCUGCACCCCACCCCUCAAUAUUUCCUCUCUCUCUCUCUCUCUGUCUCUCAGCUAUUCUUCUUCUUUUGAGGGGACCCAAUGGGCGUGCCGCGGGAUAGAUGGGCAUUAGUGUGAAUGCUAGAAUGAAUUGAGAGUGUAUCGAGCGAAUGAUCCAACUCUUCAAAAUGCCCACCCUCCUACUACUCUUACUUACUCUUCACUCCAAAAUUCUCCCCUUUUCGACCUUCAGAACGAACAAACGCCUCUUUGAACCCCGCAAUAGUACUGAUACUCUCCACAGGUGAAGGGCUUCUUCUUCCUUCAGAAACACAAGACACACAUACACACAUGCGCGCAAUUGCAGUUGGGAUUGAGUAUAUUUAUUUGGGAACACUGGCCAGCAACUCAGGGUGGUACUUCUCACACACAAAAGCGUCUCUGGGCCGUUGGUAGCUGACCACACUAAAGAACCGCUCGAACGACUCUUUAACGCUCCAAUGCAGGGCGGGGCCCGGGGUUCUCAUGGCCUUUCCUGGUGACCUCCUCCAGAUUUGAGUUACUUCUGCUACUUCUAAUAUUACAACAACUACAACUACAACUACUGCUACUAUUACAAUUUCCUACAACGUUGAACUACCAACCCUAAUUUCAUUUGUUGUUUUUUCAGUAACUCGAGAAAAAACCGAAUUAUUUGUAUUAUAAAAUUGCUGCCUCUAUAAAAAUAUACCAUGAAAGGAA